AUGUCGACAACACCGAAGCCACUUUUCGUAUAUGGCACGCUGUGUGCCCUUCCCCUGCUAGCAUGGGCCCUAACCGGGGAAGCCACCCAAGUGGAUGCGAUCAAGGGGAUGCUUUGCAAAGCCACCGUUUCGGGCUACAAGCGAUAUGCGUUAUACGGCUCGACGCAAGCGGACGAUUUUGAAGGGGAAGUCUAUAAGGUAACGCCAGUUACCGCUUCGAUCGAACCCUCGGAAGACGACAGCGAGGGGGGACAAGAUACAAUCGAGGUCGACAUUUAUGUCUGGGAUGGCGACAUGGCCCAAAUAUUCCCAGAGCCUUGGGAGUUGGACCGAUUUAUUGCAGACCGACUUGAUGAUUGGCUCGACCUUUUCGAUGGGAUGGAGCUGGUGGGCAGCCCGGAGGACUAG